AUGUUCGUCGAGCGCGACGGACGAUGGACGCGAACACCGAGCGAACAUUUUAAAGAUUGUGGCUAUUGCACCAAGACGACGAUCGCCGACGUCCGAGGCGCGAUCGAGGGACGGACGCAUCGAUUGGCGGUGACGUCGAAGGAUUUAAACCCCGAGGACGCGGACGAGGGAUCGGCGGUGGAUGCGACGGAGGUGGAUCCGUACUUUUUCGACGACGGGUACACGUUGGCGGCGGCGACGGGCUUCGCGCGCGUGUGGGAGGGCGCGGAGACGUUGUCGAGGUUUUUGCAGACGGAGAAGGGAAGGUUAGACCCUGGAGUGCGCGUGGUUGAGCUCGGCGCCGGUGUGGGUGCGUGUGGGUUGAUCGCCGCGUGCGGCGGCGCGCACGUGGCGUUGACGGAUGUCGCGCCGGUGGUGGAGGACGUCGUGCGAAGGAACAUCGCGCAAAACGCGCUCGGAGAGGCGACGGAGCGCGCGGCGUGGCCGAAUGCGUUUCGGGUCGGUUGUGGGAGCGCGACGCGGGCGACACUGGACUGGACGAGUCCGAUUCCGGAUCGACCGUUCGGCGCGCUCGACGCGUCGUCGCUGUACGACGCGGACGUCUUAAUCGCGGCUGAGUGCGUGUGGUUGCGAGAUCUCGUCGCGCCGUUCGUCGACACCGCGUCGACUUUACUGAAAGGUGGGGUCGGGAAGCUCAUCCUGUGCGUUCGCGAUAGGAGCACGAGCGACGAUCCGGCGAGCGGUAAGGCUUUCGCGCACACGAGCGAAGUCAUCCGAGCGUUCACGACCGCGGGGUGCGUCGUCGAAGAGCUGCACCGCGAGGACUCUCGAGAAGAUUUCGGGAAAGAGAUUUUCAUUUUUAGCGUUCGCGCCGCCGCUCGUCGAGAGCGGGACGAGGCGUCGUGA